AUGAAAAGAGAGAGAAAAAAUCGAUUUCGCCCCUCUCCCCCGCCCGCACCACUUUUGUUGCUUUCUCUUGAGAGGGAGAAAGAGACAGGGAGAAAGAGACGGGGAGAAAGAGACGGAGAGAAAGAGACAGGGAGAAAGAGACGGAAAGAAAGAGACAGGGAGAAAGAGAUGGAGAGAAAGAGACAGGGAGAAAGAGAAGGGGAGAAAGAGACGGGGAGAAAGAGACAGGGAGAAAGAGACAGGGAGAAAGAGAUGGGAAGAAAGAGACAGGGAGAAAGAGACGGAAAG